AAAUAACGGAAGCAAAUAUCAACCGGAAAACGAUAAACUUAAAUGAGCCACCAUUAAAGUUGUUAACAACUUCAGGCAGCGCUGAAAUCCAACCAGAAAAAAAAAAUUAAAAAUGACAGAUAACAACAACAACAGCAACAGCAACAAUAAUAACAACAACAAAAACAGUAGUAAUAGUAAUGAAAGCAAUAGCAACAUAAACAGACAGUCAGCAUCACCAGCGCGCACCAUCGAUUCACAUGAUUCCACCACGGGCAGCUUGGAUACGAUCGUCGAUCGAAGUCUGAAUCGUGAAGAAAUGUUGCAGAAGAAAAUCGAACAGAGCACAAAUACAACAAAUGCACAGCAUCAGCAUGACAGCCUUACGAACUCACAGAUCUCGAUGCUGCAACAGCAGAGCAGCAGCGAAGAUGAAGUGCAACACAAGCCACAGCCGGCACAGCAGCAACAUUUUGAUGCACAAAAUCAUAUAUACUCGAGUCCAGUUUAUGAUCAGAAGCCGCCAUUGAAACUGACGGCAGCAACAUUGGUUGCAACAGUUGCCGCUGAUGCUAAACAUGUUGACGAUCUGAAGAAACCAAAGUUGAUUACGCAUGAAGAGUUUCAGAAGCAGCUGCAAGAGGCAGUCGCCUCACGCGCCAACACAAUCGAUUCGCGCAUUAGCAAAAAGCAGCGCUUCCCCCCGGAACUUAUCAAAAUCAAAGACGGCGAUGGCAGCACUUCAUCGCUGACCAGCAGCAAAUCGAAGCGUUCACGCAAAUCAUUACCCAGCAGCGCCUGCUGUUCCGCAUUUCCGCUGCAAAUUGUGCUGGGCAGCUUGCAACUGGUACUGGCCAUUUCGCUUGUGGCAUUGGGUUCACUACUAAUAGUGCGUGAGGCGGCUCUAUCAACAGCCGGUUGUGGCAUUUGGACUGGCUUGAUAGCUGCGGUUACUGGUUCAUUGGGCGUGGUCAGCAUGCGUAAAACGCAAACUGCAUUUCUGGCAUUGAGUUUGGUUUGUAUAGCGACAAGCACCCUGGCGCUGGCCAUUUCUGGUGUUGGUCUUUCAAGAGACUUAAAUCGUAUGGAAGAGGAGUUCGAACUUUUGAAUUCCAACAGUGAAGUCUCCGCUGCGUGUGGACUGAUUUUUACGCUCUUUUUGCACUUCGUAGUUAGCAUUGUUUCGGUUUACCGCUGCGCCCUGCAAAUCUGUUCAAG